CCUUGCAGAGCAGAUAACGUUCCAAAUCUGCUGCUCUCCAGAUAGUUGACCCUGCUUAGCUGGAAGGCCUAAUUCUUUUUUCUGAAAAACAGUUCCUGGAGCCAAGUUCAUCCAAGGGGGGUGAAACAUUCUAGCUCAGAGGAGACACCUGGACAGUUGUCACCUGGAGAAAGGAUGGGGUGGAAUAGCUCAUGGCCUGGUGUCCUGGCCUUCACUCUCUCUCUCUCUCUCUCUCUCUCUCUUUCCUGCCUCUUGCAGUGUUUUAUGAACUCCAUCCUGCAGUGCCUGAGCAACACCAAAGAGCUGCGAGAUUACUGCCUGCAGAGCCAAUACCUCCGUGAUCUCAACAACAACAGUCGCAUGCAGAUGUCUCUUAUGACAGAGUUCGCCAAGCUCAUCCAGGCAUUGUGGACCUCGUCUCCCAAUGAAUCCGUGAGCCCUUCCGAAUUCAAGAUGCAGAUCCAACGAUACGCUCCCCGCUUUGUGGGAUACAACCAGCAGGAUGCCCAGGAGUUCCUGCGCUUCCUUCUCGACGGGCUCCACAGCGAAGUGAACCGGGUGUUGGUCCGUCCCAAAGGCAACAAUGACAACCUGGACCAUCUACCGGAUGACGAGAAGGGGAGGCAGAUGUGGAUGAAAUACCUCUCAAGAGAAGACAGUCGGAUUGGGGAUCUCUUUGUUGGGCAACUGAAGAGCUCCUUGACCUGCAGUUCUUGCGGCUACUGUUCCACUGCUUUUGAUCCUUUCUGGGACCUGUCUCUGCCCAUUGCCAAGAAAAGCUACGGCGAGGUGAAUUUGAUUGACUGCAUGCGACUCUUCACCAAGGAAGAUGUUCUAGACGGUGAUGAAAAACCUACGUGCUGCCAUUGCAAAGCGAGGACGAAAUGCAUGAAGAAAUUCAGCAUCCAACGUUUCCCCAAGAUCCUGGUUUUACACCUGAAACGUUUCUCGGAAGCCAGGAUGCGAUCCAGCAAACUCACCACUUUUGUCAAUUUCCCGCUUAAGGAUCUGGAUCUACGGGAAUUUGCCUCUCAGAGUUGCAAUCAUGCAAUUUACAAUCUCUAUGCCAUCUCCAACCACAGCGGGACCACAAUGGGUGGCCAUUACACGGCCUACUGCAAGAGUCCGCUCUCCGGAGAAUGGCACACCUUCAACGAUUCACGCGUCACGCCGAUCUCCCUGGGCCACCUCCGCAGCAGCGACGCCUAUCUCCUCUUCUACGAGCUGGCCAGCCCGUCUUCCCGAAUGUAGCUUCCAGAUCACGCUCCCCUCCCCUGCCCGCCACCCACAUCCCCAUGGAAAGGAAUCCUCGUAAUAUCCCAGAAGAAGGACGCGAGCCAAGCCACCAGCUCAGAAAACGCAUCGGGAAUGGGGUGGGAGGGCACGCGGAGACCCAGGACAAUGGUGACUUGAGGGAUUUUUUUUCUAAACUGGGUUUCCCCCCCCCCUUUUUUUC